ACUCGCACUCACUCUCGUGUAGUCAUUGAUAACGAUUAAAAGCAAAGACACCAUGUUUUUGGACCAACAGUUGCGCAACAUCCAGAGCAUGAUCCGACUGACCAAGGGCAAUCUGGAGGCGCUGAACGCCCGGUUCGCCCAAUACCAACACCCGCCGAGUAUGUACAUCGCCGAGUACGAGGACCUCACGAGUAAACUCAACGAGUUUCAGCGCCAGGAGGAGAAACUCCUUGAACUCACCGCCGACAUCGCCGACUACGAGGACUCGCCCAUCGAUCUCAUCGACGGCAAUAACUACGAACUGUUGGCCAACGCCAGCAGCGGCUCCAGCGGUUCCAGUCAACCGCGUACGCCACUCAAGCCGGUGAUUCGCGCCCAUCUGCCCAAUCAACAGCGGACAACGGUUCCCGUAUACCCCGGGCAGACGGUCCGCGAGGCUCUGUCCAAAGCGAUGCGCCGCCGGAGGCUUACGCCCGAGAUGUGCACUGUUUUCAUAUACCAUAAUAAACAACCCAUCGAAUGGGAGAGAGAUAUCGGACUACUCGAGGGUCAGGAGAUAUUAGUGGAGACUCGCGAACGGUUCCCGAUUCAGACCAGUAUUUCACACAACUAUGUCCGCAAAACAUUCUUCACGCUGGCGUUCUGCGAGUGCUGCCAUCGGCUACUGUUCCACGGGUUCCGGUGCCAGACCUGCGGCAUACGUUUCCAUCAGCGGUGCGCUAACGCCGUGCCGUCGCUGUGCCAACCGUUGCGCGUCGAGUCCGACUACUAUCGGCAUAUGUUGGCCCUCAACAACCAGUCCACGUAUAUAUCCAACUCGAAGCCGGCGCCCGCCUCCCAGACCACCCAACCUUCGCUGACACACCGGACGACACCACUCGGCCAGCGGGAGAGGUCGACGUCGGCGCCCAAUGUCUGCUUCAAUCUAGUCACUCAUAACGAGCUUACCAUCGAAGAGAUCCGUACCCUCACCGGCGCGUCGUCAAUAGUAUUGCCGGCGUUUAUCUCUCCGCUGAACACCAGGCGAAUCAAUCACGCGUACAAUCCAUACGCCACUAUCCGUGGAAAAGGUGAUGUGAGACCUAUUGUGAUGUGUUCGCUCAAGACA